AUGGCCGACCCACUCGCAGCAGUUCAGGGUAGCGUGCCGACCAUCCGUGCGCAACCGACUGGCAAUGACGCAGAGGGAGUCGGGAUCAGGCAGCUGUGGUCCGACAUCUUCCGCUCCUUCACCGCCUCCGACCAAGAGUCGCUUCGUGCAAAGGCGCUCGGCGGCGAGGUUCCCGUCGGCGACCGACCGACGAUGCGCUGGAUCCACUGGAAGCUCUUUCUGUCCGAGCAUCUGUCGAGUACCCCCACCUCAUGGACGGCCGUCCUGGAUAAGGACCGCUCCCAUUAUGCCGAGCUUCGCAGGGACAUGCUGCGGGCGCCGGACGGCAACUAUCCACCCGAUCUGGGGCUGGAAGAUGACGAGCAAGUCCUGGCGCAGAUGAGCCGCAGUCAUGGCGACAGCACAUCCUCAAGGCCCUCGCUCUCAAGCAGUCGGAGCAGCUCCGGUCGGGGAUAUGCCUCCGGCGGGUCUGUCCUCGGCGACCUCUCCGUAAACAACCCGCUCAGCCUAGACGACUCGAAUCCGUGGAAGACCCACUACGCCUCGCUAGAGACCAGACAGACGAUCGCGCAAGACGUCGAACGGACGUUUCCCGACCUUGCCCUCUUCCGCGAGUCUCGGGUGCAAAAGGGGCUGGCCAACGCCCUCUUCGUCUGGUGCGGCCAGAACCAAGACGUGGGCUACCGGCAGGGCAUGCACGAGCUCCUGGCUGUGCUCUGGCUCGUCCGACAGCGCGACUCAACAAGGCAAGGCAGCCGCGCCGGCAGUGGCGGGCGGGGAGCUCAGGGACCCCUCGGCAGCUCGGGAGGCUCCGCGCGCCUCGACGAAGACGUGAUGCAGGCGGUGCUCGGCGAGCGCUGGAUCGAGCACGACGUCUACACGCUCUUCUGCGCCCUGAUGCAGCGCGCAAAGAGCUGGUUCGAAUGGAGGACGCCGCAGCCCGCCGAGCCAGCCCAGCCGCGCAGCGCGGUCCCCCGGACCAUGUCGUGGGGCUCGCUGACGGGGCUGCCGCAACCUUCGACCGCAGCUGCCAACCCGACGACGCCCAUCGUGGCAAAGUGCGAGCGGAUACGACAGCUGCUGCACACGACCGACCCUAGCCUGGCCCAACACCUCGACGCCCUCGCCAUCGAGCCGCAGCUGUUUGCGCUGAGGUGGAUCCGGCUGAUCUUCACGCGCGAGUUCCCGCUCGAGGACGCGCUCAAGCUCUGGGACGGCAUCUUUGCCAUGGACCGCUCGUUGGCGCUCAUCGACCACGUCUGCGUGGCGAUGCUGAUGCGCGUUCGCAACGAGCUCCUGACGGCCGACUACUCGGGCGCCCUCCAGGCGCUGCUGCGCUAUCCGGUCAAUCCCGACGCCCCCGACGGCGGCAACAGGACCGAGCUGCUCGUGCAGCAGGCAAUCUACCUCCGGGACAAUGGGUCCACGCCAGCUUCGGGCGUGGCAAUCGUCCUGCAGAACCGCGAUCUUCUGGGCAUCCCGCCGAGGUUCCCUGACGCUGAGCGGAGCCUCGCCAACGAGCGGCCCAGCAACGGCUCGCUGGGAAGCCCGACAUCGACACGCGACGCGCCUUACGCCGCUAUCUACCAGGCGAGGGGACCCUCCAAGUUUGCCACCGUCGGGCGGAGCCCGUCUGGGGCGAACCCGGUGUCGUCCUGGCAGCGACCGACGCCGGCAUCGCGUCUGCCGGCCACUGCGCCACCGUCGCGGCAUCCGGCGAGGCGCUUCGACGACCCGCUGUCCGCCUCCGCUGCGAUGCCUCAGUCGCCGAGCCGGUCGUUUGGCAUCGUCCCCAGCGCCUACAUUCCCGAGGGCAUCAGCGACUUUGCACGGGGCCUCUAUGAGCGCUCCGAUUCUCUCGGCAUCAACCGUGCACUCAACUCGACCAUGGCCAACGUCCAGCGCACAGUCACGGCAGCCGCAGCCGGCGUCGCAGCGUCCAACGCCGCCAGCAGCGCGGCAGGCAACGGCGGCUUCCCGAGCUCGUUCAGCGAUUCCCUCACGCCAUCGGUCUCUCACGCUAGCCUGUCGGCGACCAGCACGACGACGCCGGCAGGCUUUCAACCUGCUGUGCCUCGGCGCAACGCAUCUGCUGCGGCCGGUCGGACGAGCGGCCCGGGGACAAACAGCGCAUCAUCCCCGAGCAUAUCUACCGCGGAGCUCACUGCGAAGCUCGAAGGGCUGACGACCACCAACAAGGCGCUUGGGGCUGCCCUCGCCACAUGCAUCGAGACGCUCGAGACCAGCUGGCUGUCUCGCCAAGAGGUCGCGCCUGACGGCAUCUCGGCCAGGCCAGCAGGGCACGAGGACCUCGACCAAAGCGACGUCGAUACAUUGAUGAGCUUCACGGCGCUCAAGCACAUCCGCGACGUCCUCAACGGGUCAGCGCGUGAGUUUGACUCGGCCACGCUGCCCUCGAAGCGCCCCGCUGCCGAUCCAGCGGACCAGAAGAAUGCUGCCCAGGCGUUGCCCGCCGCGUCCAAGGCAGCCGCAGCGCCGCAACCUCUGCCGCCGGGAUCGAACACGAACGGGGCAGCCUCUGCAACGACAUCCUCAGAUCACGGUGAAAGUAUCGGUGCAGCGCCAAACAACCCACACGUCGAGACCGCUGCUGCCCUCGCCGGAAGGACGACUCCCACGCCGCCGCCAGGUCUGCCGAUGUGCCUGGCCGAAUACCAGCGCUACGGACGGCAGAUGAUCCUGCCCGACUUUGGUCUCGAAGGCCAACUUCGUCUCCGCCGCAGCAAAGUGCUGGUCGUCGGCGCUGGCGGUCUUGGCUGCCCCGCAGUCCAAUAUCUCGCCGCUGCCGGCGUGGGCCAGAUUUCGAUCGUGGACCACGACAGCGUCGAGGCCUCCAACCUGGCUCGACAGAUUCUGCACUCGGAUGCCAAGAUAGGCAUCAACAAGGCCGAGUCUGCCGCGCAGGCUGCGCACGUCAUCAACCCUUUCAUCAACGUGACGCCGCAUCCCGUGGGCAUCUCGAGCGCCAACGCACGCUCGCUGAUCUCUGGCCACGACCUCGUGCUCGACUGCACCGACAACCCGCUGACGAGGUACCUGAUCUCGGACGCGGCCGUGCUAGAAGGCGUCGAGGUGGUCAGCGGCGCCGCGCAGGGCUACGACGGCCAGCUCAUCGUGCUGCACAAGAAGAUCCUGCCGCAGUUCGCAAGCAAGCCCACCACUGCCGCCUCUCCCGCGAGCACCGCACCCGCCCUCGUCGACCCGAUCGACAAUGCCAGGGGCCCGUGCUAUCGCUGUCUGUUCCCUGUGGCACCAAAGCCCGAGGACGUGACCGACUGCGAGGAUGGAGGGGUCCUGGGCGGCAUCACUGGCUUGGUGGGGACAAUGCAGGCGCUCGAGUCGGUCAAGAUCCUCGCCCAGAUCGGCGAGGCCACGCUGCCGACCAUGACGCUGGUGAGCCCGAUGAGCGGGACGCCCUUCCGCUCGAUCAGGCUGCGGCCGCGACGGCUGGCCACCUGCCGGACCUGCGGCGACCCGGCGCAGGUCGGACGGGACAACAUGAUCUCGGAUCUGCAGAGCGAAGACUACGCCACCUUCUGCCACCUCAAUCGUCCGCCAAUGGUCGACGGACAAGCGGGUGGGCCACGGGUGGCGGUCGAAGAGCUGGAGAAAGGUGCGGCAAAGAGGCUGCUGAUCGAUGUGCGGCCGCCGGUCGAGUUCGGCAUCACCCGCAUCGACGGGUCCAUCAGCCUACCCUACACGACGAUACGCAAGGAUCCGAGCAAGGCGUUGGAGACGAUUCGGUCGCGCCUCUCGACGUCUCCGGUGGGGCAGCCACCGCUGCUCGUAUGUCGCAAGGGCAACGACUCUCAGCUCGCCGUCCGGCUGCUGCAGCAAGCUGCCCGGGACGCGGCGGCGGCGACGGAGGUGGCGAGGCAAGAGGCGGUUCAAGACGACCCGCUCUCGUCUCCAUCGACCGACAGCGCCGCGCCGUCCCGAGCCAGGCGAGACGAGGAGCUCGAGUUUACCGACCUCGUCGGCGGUCUGAGGGCGUAUGCCAAGGUCAAGGAUGGCUUUCCGAUGUACUGA